CGACGAUCUGUGUGGCCUCAUCGCAGUUUACAUGAUCACGACGAGCUGCGAUUUCAGCACUGAGGAGAGCGACCACUGACGGCCAAUGAGAAGCCACAAUAUGCACACGGGACAAACAGUGAACGAGUUUAAAUGGCAAAACAGCAAUACAAUAAAUCCAAUAAUAUUUAUUUGUUUAUAAUUCAGCACGGAACGUCUCGGUGCGCUUCGUAUUGUGGCUCCCCUCAAAAAAUGCUGCUGAAAACAAGGGUUCCGCCAUAACAACAGGAUGUUGUGGUACCGACCAGAGAGCUCGGAUAAGCUUGUCAGAGAGUAUCUUGGCACCGUACCAAGCGUCAGAAACAAGAUGCUAAAAAACUGGGGCUUGAUUGGUGGUGUUGCUGCUGCCAUUGCGGCUGGUGUGUACGUUUUGUGGGGUCCAAUCACAGAUCGAAAGAAGAGAAAGCGAGGUAUGGUUCCUGGUCUGUUGAACCUAGGCAACACUUGCUUCCUGAACUCUUUACUUCAGGGUCUAGCUGCAUGCCCGUCCUUCGUCUGUUGGCUGGAGAGGUUUUCAAACUCACCUACAAUACAGUCAUCCAAAGAAAACAAGUUGUCCACAACACUUCUCCAACUACUCAAAGCACUGUCCAGUUAUGAGUCCGGAGAUGAAGAUGUGCUGGAUGCUGGAUGCCUGCUGGAUGUUCUCAGACUAUACCGGUGGCACAUCAGUUCAUUUGAAGAGCAGGAUGCCCACGAGCUCUUUCACGUUCUAACGUCAUCUCUCGAGGAGGAGAGGGACCGCCAGCCUAAAGUCAUCCACUUAUUUGACAUAAAGUCUCUUGAGACCCUUCCCAAUCAAGAGGAGAGGACAAGAACGUGCAGAAGUCGAGGUCCUCUUCACCCAAUACCAAGCCCUUGGAAGUUUCAGCAUCCUUUUCACGGCCGUUUAACAAGUAACAUGUUAUGCAAGCGGUGUGAGCAACAAAGUCCAGUACGAUAUGAUUCCUUUGAAAGCCUUUCUUUAUCGAUCCCUUUACCUCAAUGGGGUCGACCGGUCUCUUUGGACCAGUGUCUACAGCUUUUCAUCUCUUCAGAAACGAUUAAGGAAGUAGAGUGUGAAAACUGCACCAAGCUACAACGAGAAGCUAGAGUCAACGGACAGCUAGUGGAAAGUCAGCGGACAACAUUUGUAAAACAGCUUAAAUUGGGAAAGUUGCCCCAGUGCCUUUGCAUCCACCUGCAAAGGCUUACUUGGUCCAGCGAAGGAACUCCAAUUAAAAGACAAGAGCAUGUGCAAUUUACAGAGUAUCUAUCAAUGGACCGUUACAAACACAGCACCUUCAUACAGACAAGUCAGCGUUCCAAACUUGCCGUCAAACAACAAAAGGCAGAACAUUCAGACAAGGCUGUGGAAAAUCCUCCUCAGAGCACAGAUGCGGAGCAUCACAACAACAACAAACCCUUUCCAAAUGGAGACUGUUCCUCUGUCUGUUUACAUUCUACUUGUGGGACCACUCAGCUGGACCUUAUGUAUAACUACAUCUCCACAGAGUACCUUUUCCAAUUGACCGCUGUGCUGGUUCAUCAUGGAGACAUGCAUUCAGGACAUUUUGUAACGUAUCGCCGGAGCCCCUGCCCGCCUUGCACUUCCACACCGUCCACCUCUCCGUGGCUCUGGGUGUCCGACGACUCGGUCCGCAAAGCCAACCUGCACGAGGUUUUGUCCUCCAACGCUUACAUGCUUUUCUAUGAGAGAGUUAAGAAGCCGAGCUCCAUUAUGCCUUUGCAGGAAUAAGAGGAUGCAUUAAUUAUGCUGCCUUUCAAGUUAAAAAGUAAAAAUUGGAUGUGCCCAUGAACACAGUGUUAUGUAACUGUUGGUAUUUUUUAUUUGCGUGGGUUAAAUGAACGAGGGAAUGUGAUGCUUCUGCUUUUAACUAAAGCGGAAACCCCAAUUGCAAAGGAUAUGGACACGUUUUACUCGAAUGUAUCUGGCUUGCACAGGAAAGCAAAUGUGAUACUGUACAUUCCUGGUUAAGAUCUAAAUAGGUUUGUGUGGGAUGCAUUUACUCGUAAAACCUCUGUUGGACAGCAAGUUGAUUUUAUUUUAAUGCUAAGAACAGUGGUCUGAAUUUGAUUAGUAUGUCGACAUCUUUUGGAAAUGACGCACCCACAGUUAAUUGCGUCUAAUGGAUAUUUGCAUACUGUUGCUGUACUUUGGAAGUUAAAGUGCCCUGUUGUCUCUGUUCUUAUUGCAUAUGAAGCCAUAUGUUGGACGAUCACGCGUUUUAAUCUGAUGUUGAAAUUGGAAGAAUAUUUCGGUGCCCAGAUUAUUAUUUUUUUUGUCGCGAGAUGUAACAUUCAUGCAGUGGCUUCUCGCCACGUUAUCCUCAAUAAUUUUGACCUGGCAUUACCAGUCACUGCCAUUUACCUAUUUCCAAACCAGCUGAGAGAUGUAGAGCAGAGGCCUGUUGUUAAUGUUUGCAAUUUGCACUACUGUAUAUUCAUUUGAGAUGUUUGUGUGUAAUCUCAAAAGGUUAAUUUUCUCCUGUAAAAAAGAAUAAAGUGAAUCUUAUAGUUUUAUUUGCAAGCUUUGAUGAUACAUAUGUUUUCAGCUAGCAAGAAGGCUGCAGAUUAUGAUUUUAUGUACACGUAGACGACAUUGUUAUCACUACCAACCCUCCAAGGCGAAGGUUAGUGUACUUCCAUCGCUGUCAGGGAAUGUUCACUAUAAUAACUUGGAAUCCUUACAGGCAGGCAAGAUCCGUCGAAAUGUGAGGUUAAUGCGAGGCAGGAGGAUUUUCUUCCGAACAGGAAGGCUGUGAUACCAGAAAGUGUUGGUGGGCGAGUUCAUGAGAAGUAGGCUUCCGUGAGCCAGGACGACCUUAACAGGCUCGAUGCGUCGACCUCUCCGUUUUCCCCGGGCGUCCCUGUGGCGGAAAAUGAAAUCCCGGGCGGCGCCAAGUGAGAUCGAGGCUAUGGGCGAAGAAGGGUCGAGUUCCUUCUCAUCAUCACGAUGCUCCCCCAUGUGAUCGGUCCCAUCUUUGUACCUGGAGAAGACUGCAGUCAGUAGAGUAUGAAACCUAGGGCUGCAGCUGUCAAUUAUUUAAGUAACCUAUUGAUCAGUUAGUGCGAGUAAUCGGGUAAGAAACAUUUAAUGUGUUGCAGAAUAAUUAGUCUUAACUUGCAUAGUAUAAGUCCGCCGUUUUAAAUGCUUUAAAAUGGUAAUUUCAUUUUUUACAAUUCUAACAAAUCGUUCAAACGCAUAUUUUCAUUAAAAAUUGCUAAAUAUACCUAUUAACUUAAUUACGAAUGCAUAAACAUAUCAGCUGAAACAAAAACGUACAGCCUGACGUUGAAUUCAGCCAUAUUCGACAAGUUAUGUCAUAUUCACUGUUAACACUAGAGGGCAGUGUAUCCUCCCAAAUCAUUAAAUGUAAAUGUAAAACAACAGUGAUCCCUCGUUUUUCGCUGUUAAUGGGGGAGAGACAGCGAGAACGAAAAGUAGUAUUUGGUAUGUGGGAAAAUUGAUUUUUGCAUGUGGCAUUUUUUUUUUAUGUGGCAAAAUGGAUUUUGGCAUGUGGCAUUUGUUUUUGUCAUGUGGCACAUGCCCCAGAAAAAUCCCACACAGCAACAAAAUGCCACAAGCCAAAAUCCAUUUUGCCACGUGGCAAUAAAAUGCCACAUACCAAAAUACAUUCUGCCACAUAUAAAAAAAAAAAUGCCACAUGCCAAAAUCCAUUUUGCCACAUACCAAAAAAAAAUGCCACAUACCAAAAUCCAUUUUGCCACAUACCAAAAAAAUAAUGCCACAUGCCAAAAUCCAUUUUGCCACAUACCAAAAAAAAAAAAUGCCACAUGGCAAUAAAAUGCCACAUCCCAAAAUCCAUUUUGCCACACAGCAAAAAAAAAAAAAAUGCCACAUGGCAAAAAAAAUGCCACACGCCAUAAUACAUUUUGCCACAUGGCAAAAAAAGGUCACAUGCCAAAAUCCAUUUUGCUACAUGGCAAAAAAAGGCCACAUGCCAAAAUCCAUUUUGCUACAUGGCAAAAAAAAUGUCACAUGCAAAAAUCCAUUUUGCCACACACCCAAAAAAAAUGCCACAUGCCAAAAUACAUUUUGCCACACACCCAAAAAAUGCCACAUGCCAAAAUACAUUUUGCCACACACCCAAAAAAUGCCACAUGCCAAAAAUAUGUCACAUGCCAAAAUACAUUUUGCCACAUGCCAAAAUACAUUUUGCCACGUGGCAAUAAAAUGCCACAUGCCAAAAUACAUUUUGCCACACACCAAAAAAAAAAUAAAAAUACCACAUGCCAAAAUACAUUUUGCCACAUGGCAAAAAAAAUGUCACGUGCCAAAAUCCAUUUUGCCACAUACCAAAAAAAUGCCACAUG